AUGAAAUUCCGUCACGUUUGUGAUGUUUCUGAAGGGAGAAGCUGGCCAGCAUCAGCAGAUGAAGAGCGCAUCAAUGAAGUGACAGGUGAACGUUACCUGAUGCCAGAGUUCACCAAAACGGUAAACGACGACCAUAACCGCAAGAUCUUUGCCAAGGUCGCAAGUUUGGUCUGGCAAGACCUUCAGAACAUGGCCAACAGCGACUGCCUUGUGAAUCGCAAGGUAAAAUGGAAUAAGCAAUCACUUUUCACAUUUGCGAAGGAGACAUACCGUGGAUUCAAAGAAGACUGGCGGGCCCAGAACGACGCCGAGAAGAAAGCUGCCAAAGGUGUGAACCAGCGAAGCAAUAGACGUGCUCAACGUCGCAAAGAAAAAGCAGAUCGGCUUAUGACAGCGCGACAGGGUUACAUCGAGAAAUUUGGUGUUGAUCCGGUGGACCUUGUGCAUGCAGACCAUAUGUCGGAUGAAGCAUCUGGGCCAGAUGAUGAUGAUGAGUUGGAGGAUGAUUGGAAGCGAAGGAUGGCGGAGAAAAUGGGAAUGCCUGCCAACUCGCAGGUUGAAAACUUGUCAUUCCUGGAGGUUACAAGAAGUCCAUGGAGAUCUGACGAACUCGGUCAGAUCUUUCAUACCCUGCAUGAUCUUUGGCAAGCGUCGCUGACCUCCAAGCAAAAGAAGUGUUUCCACAUGAUCCGAGUCACCGGCACAGAUCGUCAAUCACAGCGUAUCCCCGAUUUCACUCCCUAUACCUUCGGCAUCAACAUGGAAUGGCUCGAGGCCAACAAAGAUAGACUAGAGUAUCAAGACUUACUCAAGGAAUGGGGCGCAUGGGAGGACCCAGAAGGUUUCGGCUCGAAAAAAAGGGAGCAUCAGGACGAUCGAGGCACUCCAAAUGACGAAGUUGACCAGGACAACACUAGAGGAAGAGAAGGAUGA